CCACUUCGAAGAGCCAGUAGGAGCGGAGCUGUCCACUGAGCUGGUGCUGAAACUCGGGCAACUUUCGAAAGCUGUAAAGCCUCUCACUUUCUUCCUUCCCUCGACGAGGUACCUCACUUUGUGCAGUGAUGUGGUGCAGCCGAGUUCAGUGCGCCCUCGCCCUGCUCUCCAUCGCUCUGGCAGUGCUGAGUGCGGGCGCCGCUCCCACCGCCGACAGGUAUCGCGAACUCCUCCAGACAUCAAUGGCUGGCGCAGAGCCCCGGAGUAAAGCGGAGCUGAUCAAAUACAAUCUCGUCCAAUUGCUCGCGGAGCUGGCAAACGCCGAGAACGAAGUUUUGGAUGGGGAGGAUUUGCCGCGGAUGGCGAAACAGGAUGAGGUACGGGUUGAUCUGGAACGAUCCGCCAACCCCAAUUCGCCCCAGAGGGAACGCAAAGCGGGCUGCAAAAACUUCUUCUGGAAAACCUUCACAUCCUGUUAACUCGCUGACACUCCAGAACAACCCGCGGGCCACUGCUUCAUCCCAAUCACGUACGGUCAGAUGCGGCAGCACCAGAACUGUUAAUUAAAUAAUGUAAUUGAUUACUUGAUUUGAUUUAUUUGACACAAGAGUUUAAGUUUGAAUUGUUCAGCAGACCAGUCCUCAUUGAAACUAGGUAGGACCGGUUUGAUUAAAGAGGCUCUUUCUCAUUGAAAUAAAAUCUUUGAAAGUGGAA